AUGCCCUCCUCUAUCUCAACACCCUCCAUCGCAGCUGGAACAACAACUCCAACAACUUCGGCUUCAGAUCCGCCAAAGAGCUACCCCCAGAGCUACCCCGGACUAUAUCGCCAGCUGCCAUAUGAGCCAGCAUCAUCAUUCCCGGCACACCCCCAGAGCACGCCGCAACAGGGCCCUUGGCCAUCGUCCAACAUGCCCACUGCUACCCCUACCCCGUCCCCUCCGCCCGCUUCCAUUCCCGGUCUCACACCCUUCCAGCUGGCCUCGUUCCGCCAGAAUGGCUACCUGGUAAUCCCCAACUUCCUCAGCGGCAGCGAAGUCUCCUCCCUCCUCCAAACCACCCACGCCCUCCUCGACCGCUUCCCUCUCGCCUCGCACCCACUAACCUGCUUCACGACCGGCGACGAGUCCGACGACGACACAAGCUACAGCACCAACAACGCCAAGGCAAAACACAUCGGCGACCAAUACUUCCUCACCUCCGGCAACAAAAUCCAUUUCUUCUUCGAGCCGGACGCCUUCAUCCCCAACUCCUCCCCGCCCGAGCUGCGCAAGCCAAAGGCCCUCUCCGUCAAUAAAAUCGGCCAUGCCCUCCACGUCCUCUCCCCGCCCUUUGCUCAGGUCACCGUGCCCUCCACGCCCGCCACCGCUGACUCGCACAAUGGUAUAAGCACAGGGGCCCGUAACGCCGCCAUCGCCCGCGACCUGGGCUUCCGCGACCCGCGCGUCCUGCAGUCCAUGGUCAUCUGCAAGCAGCCCGGCAUCGGCGCGGCUGUGCACCCGCACAAGGACAGCGAGUUCCUGUACACAGACCCGCCGAGCGCCGUUGGGUGGUGGAUUGCGCUGCAGGAUGCCGGGGAGGGGAAUGGGGCGUUGGGGGUGUGGAAGGGUAGUCAUCGGCGGGGCAACAUCCAGCGCAGGCUUGUGCGGUGUAUUGGCGGCGAAGCGGACGGCGGCACGGAGUUUGUGAAAUGGGACGGUCCUGGGCUGGCCGCUGAGUUGGCUGCGGAGGCUCGUGAUGGUCAAGAUCAUGGGAAUGGGGACGAGGAGCCGUAUGAACCCCGCGACGAAGAUUUCGAGCUGCUGAAGGUCCAAGCUGGGUCGUUGGUGCUCAUUCAUGGGAAUGUGUUGCAUCAGAGUGAGCGGAAUACCAGCGACAGGAGCCGGUUUGCGUAUACGUUUCAUGUCAUUGAGGGGGCAGAGGGGUGGAAGUAUGACGAGCGGAAUUGGUUGCAACCUGAGCCCGGGGAAGGGUUUACGAGGCUCUUUGCGAAGGUGUAUUAA